AGCAAACUUGUUCCUCUCUUCCGCACAUGCCUCUAAUAGUACAGUUGGUUUUAUCGAAAACGAAAACUAUCGAGCAAACGUGGGACUACAUGUAGGCUGCACAAAAACAACGGGCACUACGUUGAUUUCUUCGACAUCUCACGUAAGUACUAAAAGUGGAACUUCGCGGGGUCCGGCGGAGCGCAGCUGCGUAGCAACUCGGGAGUGCUACACAAGAGCUUCUGAGCGUUUGAUUCGCGCGCGUGCCUCGUUCGUCUUGCAGCUAGGAAGACAAGUGUCAUAGCCGUCAACAUGAGGCACUGCGCUCGACGACUCCUGUUGCACGCUGCCUGGCUGUGCAGUCUGCAGACGAUCGAAGUGGCUUGGGCGAAUUAUCUAGAUCUGAUCGACGACCAGCCCGAGGACAUUGACCUCGAAGGCAAGGAGCAAGCUGCGGCUGAGGCACAGGGGUUCUUUGGCGGGGGAAACCACAAGGGCCUUACCCUCGACGGGCAACACGAGGAAGAGCGGGCCAAGUUCGCCUACAACACCGAGCAUCUGUGGAACGUGAUUCUGAAGCACGCAUCCAUGCACGCGGAGCUGGUGUCGGACGUGGUCGCAGCCAUUGUAGACGGUCGCCGGGCCGUGGUGGGUGUGGCAGACAAGCACUUUCGCAUUCUCGAGGAGAGCGUGCGAAGGCACGCGGCGCGCCUUUUUCGGGUUGAGUCUACGGAACACUGGCAGAAGUUGAAGGUAGACGUCGAGAAGCUUACCCAGAGUAUGUGCCGCAAGACGGGGAACGGCGACUACCGCCUGAAGCUGCGUCCAGGGUACAACCCCGAAGGGAAGAAUUGGAUCGCGUAUACUUACCGCUACUGCACUUAUCAAAAGCAUGUAACUGCUGACGGGCCCUACAGUGUGUGGAUCAUGCAGAGCAUGGCUGAUUUGGUCGUUUCGGGGGCAAAUUAUGAUCCUCGCGCCUGGGCAAAAAGACGGCAGAGCCAGACGAUGAUUCUUAUUCACGAAGCAGCGCACUGCGUUCUGAAUUGCGAGGACCACAAAUAUUCCCGCGGAUGGCUGGACCAGUCGCCUCUCGAUAUGAUAAGAAUUGCUUGAGGUUUUUUUUGCAGCAUAUUGUAGAACCCAGAUUGCUGUUUUAGAUUUUUGUACGUCCACCAUGAUGUCGUGGUCCAUGUCAUGUGAGAGCGAAAUAAAAGCGAAAGGUAAAGGAAUACGAAUAGUGAAGCGAGCUACGAGCUGGCACAGUUGAGGAACGCACUCAGAGGCAGAGCAGCUAAUUGUAAUUUAUUAGGCUCGUCGAUCGCCGGUAAAAGUUAAAAUGCUAUCGCUCAGGAAUAAAGGCAUGAAAAGUCGCAUCAGGCCACAGCUCACAUUGAAGAGGGGACAGCAAAAAUUAUUUGCAGCGUCUUUACACAGUGCUGGCAGAAAGGGCGUAUUUUUGUGAUCCCGCAGCAACUCAAUCGCGCGGAGCAGUUCAGCAAUGCUGACAACUGGGCUUAUUUUGUGGAAUCCGUUGUGGAGUAUUGUUUUUUUUUACACUUUUUUUCUUGCCUCUAGUUCAUUCUACAGAUGAUGGUGGAUCCGCCAAUUUUUUCUUCUGCAUGGCACCUGCGAAAACAUUUCGUUGAGGACGUUGCGCCAAUAUAUAUAAAGAUACAAAUCAGGCCAGUGCAUCCGCAUGCGCAUGCGGCUAUCGCAAACGGAAACUGCUUAUCCUAGUCUUAAGGAACAGAUGCGAGCACCCAGUCUGUCUUCUUCAGCGAUGAAUUACUUUUUUUUCAGGGAUCUGAUCCGGCGAAGCAACCCGGACGAUCCGGUACCAAAUGCAAAGAUGUGUUGGUAGCUGCGCCUAGUAGUUGUCGUCUGAUGAACCUCGUGUCUUGAACUUUGUGUAUGAAGCGGCCUCUACCUAGCUUGUAUGAACAGUGCGGUCUUCUAGGCCAACGCGUGUUUGCAUUUGAUACGCGGAGUACGCCAACAAGGCAGACACGAUCGAACUACGGACCAAGAGCGAUGGGAAGUUUAUCUUCGAUAUGCCAAACAAGAGCUUUGAAACCGAAGUCGAGUCCCGAGCGACGCAGCAAAUGUUUGCCACUCAGAUCAGGGACUGGCUUCACCCAGACACCUGCACGAAAAGGUCGCCGAAGGACGUGAAAGCGAUGGACUUCCCACGUACAGCACUGCGCGACUUCAUUUUUGUUUUCGUAACAAAACUACGUCGAGCUUUCUUGUGUUUUGUUUUCGUAACAAAACUACGUAGAGCUUUCUUGUGGCACAAUAUUUAUUUCAUUUCAUCUAGACGGUAGGAGGUUGAAAUCCGAUUAUUUUCAAAGUUUCGGCACCCUCAAAUUGAAAUUUAUACAGCUGUUCCGUAUGCGCUGCAACCACGAGAAAUUCGGCAUCAGAGGCAGCUAUCAAAUGCAAAUGUGUCUGGGUCUGGAUGACUGGCCGUCUUUUCUAUCACAUUCACAAAAAUCAAUAAAUGUCCACCUGAAGAAGUGCACCCAAAAGGAUUACAGGUUUUGCGGAGGCUUGACGAUGCCUGUACAGCAUGAGAAACUUGUUCCUUGCGCGGCAAGAAAGGGAAAGCUUUUGGCACCCGACGCAACACACGGCUUUGUGUGAUCCGAACCUAGCUGCAUUAAUACAGGUUUGCACCUCUUCAGACCCAGACAUGUUUGCAUUGCAUAGCAGCACGGAAUCACCUACGAGCUUGACCACCACAUCGACGACUCGAUCAAGCUACUGCGGUUCCUCUGUAUGAAGUGGGAGACCCGUCGAGAUCCGGAUGCGCAGUAAGAGGUCAGCGGAAGAGCUGUAAGGAGUCACUUGACGGGUUUUUUUCCGGAGUACGACGUGCGAGCAGCGACGCUCUGGUGAAGGGGUUUUCCUCGAGCUCGCCGCAUGUCGGCACGCGUAGCAGCCUUGAAUUUCUGGGAUGAGCAGGCCUGCUCGACGAGCAGGUGUUUGCAACGGUUCAACUUUCUUUCCAGACUAGCUUCACGUCUGGAAAUUUCAAUUCAAUUCUAAAUUCUGGUGUACGAUCGCAUUUUCGCAGUAGAGGACUUUACAUACUGUAUGUAAGUAUACUACUCACGUAAUCCGCCCGUGAUAUUUGGAAAGAGAACCAAAUCUGUGACGAAGAAUGCAAGUGGUCAGCGCUAGGUCAACGUUCCCUGAUAGCGACUGUGGUUCUCGUAUAUAAAGCACUAGACUAAAAACCAAUGUCCCGCGUUUUUGCAGCUAGCGGCAGGGGCGGGAAGCAUCACGAUGCAGCCGUCGCAUUUUCCAAAAGGA